UUCAGCACAGGCCAUGUUGUUUAUUACUUCCCUCACUUCUGAACGCUGAAAACAUUAAUGUGACACAUCAUAUUCCGUGGCCAUUGAGCUACCCUGAAUGUGCAUCUGCCGUGGGUGGAUGGUUCGUUUGAGAUGAGAGGGAAGUAAGCCUUGGUUCAAGGCUUUCAUUAUUGUGCAUCGUUUUAGUAGCCCUGGUGGUGUCAGUAGUAUACAACAAAAACAUGCUGAAAAUCCCUUUGGCGAUACUGGUGAUGACGGCGGCCUAUGACACUGUGGCCAACUCGCAUUCCUGGAAAGAACGAGCUCCGUUGAUGACAAAGAAUGCAACUGACGGACAGCCAGUAUCACUGACUUGCCGCACACCUCCUCCAGGCAAAGUCAAAUGGUUUAAAAUUGCUGGCCCUGAAGGCAAACUUUUUCAAGUCAAUGUCGACCCAAGGAUACAAAUAUCCACUAGAGGAACACUUCACUUUGCUCAUGUGAAUAUCCUGGAUACUGCAGUAUAUAAAUGCAGCGUUUCUGGUUUCUCUACUAUCGAGCUCGGUAGUCCAGUCCAGUUGUACGUCACAAAAGGUAACAUUGCAGACACGUGGCCUACACUCCUGUGUUCAAGUGAAACAACCCACGCCACACUGGGACAGGAUGUAUCACUGCAGUGCAUCUUCAGCGGCAGGCCCGUUCCAGUUGUCACCUGGUACCGUGAUAUCAAUCAGGUCACAAACACUGCUCGUGUGAAACUAUCACAUACCUCCGUAACAAUCAAGAACGUUUCUGAGGGGGAUACGGGAACAUAUCGAUGUACUGGAAAGAACAAUGUCGCGUCCAGUUCUCAUGAGGUCACUUUGAUUGUAAAAUAUCCCGAUGAAGCAACAACUUCUGUCUCAGUUGAAAUCAGACCUAACCGGACAAAUUUACCAGCACUGGACAAUAAUGAGGUGACGACAGACGCGCUCCAAACAGGACUACAUGAGACAACUGUAUCUGCAGUGCAGAGCGAUGUGACGUCACCAAACCAGGUCCCUGGUGUGCCAGCUCUAUAUACAAUAAUCGCCGUUACUUCUGGUACCUUCCUCGCCCUCCUUGUACUAUCUUCUGCAGCUAUUUGCAUCAACGGUUACUGUCUCCGAAAAGGAAAAGACGAAUAUAGACUCCGCGUUCAGGUGGCCAAACUUUGUGACAGAGAUUCUACUUAUGAAACGAUCAACGAGGACGAAGUUACUAAUCAGUAUGAACGGCCUCUCAGGAAAUGUAUGCCAAUAUACCUGGAACCAGAACAACCAGGAAUGUGAUCAGAUGACUGAGUGAGUGAAAAGGGUGCCACGCCGACAUUAGCAAUAUUUUAACCAUAUUGCGUCGGACGCCAGAAAUGAGGACAGACAUUGUACCUGUUAUGAGAAUAAAAUGUCUUUGCCUUGCA